UAUGUAGAACUCUACUGACUUGGAAUAAAUUUGAAUGAGAUUUCGUCCUGUAUGGCUUGUAUGUUAAAUUAGUGAAAACAAUUUUAACAGAGUCACUGUGAAUAAAUUUAAAUGAUUAUUCUUUGGUCAGUCCUUUAUGGUAUAUUAUAAUGAGUUAUUGUCAACCAUAGUGAUGACACGCGGAGGAUGUAGAGUUACUGACGUACGUUGAAUAAGUUUAAAUGACUCGUUAGGUUGUAAAGACACGGUAGCUGUUGUGUUUACAUAUUAAAGGUGUGCUCAUUGAAAUAGUGUCACAUCACAGUAUGGGUAAUAAGUCAUCAUCGCACAGAGACAGUGAGCCUUUACCUGAAGCCAGAGGUAGAAGCUGGUCUUUUAAUGGCAUGGUAUCCAGAGCCAGAAGAGCUAGUCGCAGUCCCUUACGUCCGAGAGCUUCGUCUUUAUCGGAUACAACCAAAAACAAAAAAUCUGCAACAGCGACUGUCAAGUCGAACAUUCCAGCCACAAUCAGUGCAGUGGAUAGUCCAGGUGAGAAGAAUUCUUCUAGUACACUACCAGCGACAAAUGUUCGUAACUCGUUGGGCAGACAAGCUGAACUGAUACGCGAGACAAUAAAUAGGCGGAGCUGUGAAAUAAAAGGAGUGAGUCCUCGUAAUAGUAUGACUAGUAAUAAUGCCGAACACCGUUUGUCAGGUAACUUUGACAAGCGUCUAUCGGGUAACUUUGAUAAAAGGCUUUCGGGCAAUUUUGACAGCAGUGGCUUAACUAAUAAUGCAAACUCGUGUUUGGUUAAAACCGAGGGUAAUUUGAGUAGUAAGUUUAACAAAUCAAGUGCAACUAAAGAAGAGAUUGUGUCAGAUCCUGGACGUACUACAGAUUCAGGAUAUAACACAGCCUCUCGCAGACCACCUCUAGCUGAGAUCGAGGAUUUUGAUGAUGCCUCGGCAGCAGAAUUAAGAAAAAUUUCUCAGAGUUUAUACAGUGAUAAAUUACUGGAUUUGUGUAAUCGCCGAGGAGUUGCUAGUCUAAAUCGUGAUCUGUCAUUGUCACAAGGAGAUAUGUUAUCCAGCAUGCCCAGUCCAUUGUUGAAAAAAGUUAGAAAUAAAUCCACGUCUCACAAUAGUCUAUCGUCACCCUACCACAGUGCAGACAAGUUAGAUAAAAAACCAUCAUCACAUGAAAAUUUAGAUUCUCUGAAGCGGAGAAUGAAAUCGAAUUCCGGAGAAGACGAUGACAUGUUUAACGUGGAGUAUAGUGGUAGACCCCGAACAAAUUCGGCAACUGUUGUGGAACUUAGUGCUAGAAAUCGUAAAAACAUCUCAAUGGGCUUGACAAGCGCUAAAUUACGUCAAGUUUAUCAGAUCCCUACAUCUUCUGAAGUUUCAUCUCUGCCAAAUUCUCAGACUAAUUCUCCAGUAAAACCAGAAACGGCACAUGCUCAAAAGGUUUUAGUUUCCCGAGCUUUGAAAACCGAUGGUACUAGUCCAAUGGAGAAAGAAACGAAUAACAAUUCUUUUAAACAUCUCGCCAAUAAGGAGACGAGUCCCAGUAAAAUAUACGGUCCUGGUGGAGCUGUUCCUAUAUCCAAAUCUCCCAUGUAUUCUGUCCGACCCCUGUGUCAUUUUAAACCCCUGCCUGAAAUCCACGAACAUGGAAUGCUUAGUUCUAGUGUGCCUGUAGAAUCUGGAUAUUUGCCACCGUUUAAUGAUUAUAGUCCUGGUAAAUUAACACAGCAUAGUUUUGAUGAUAAUUUUCUACAGCGCAGGAGUAAUAGUAUAACAGACAUGGCACCGAGAAUGAGGAAAAGUGUGCCAAGUCAGUGUAGUCAUUGUACUCUACCAGAACUUGAAGAGAAUCUUCGGCACCGUAGUCAAAGUGUCUUGUCUCUUCGUAGUGCAUCGGGACAACCGAUUGGUCAGUUUCAUACUGGAAAUUUAUAUAAACAAGUGUCCGGAGCAGAACGAUCUUGGAAUUAUAGUGUGACUAGUUUAGCUGGAGAUCCUUAUUUUGGCUCGGCCUGUCGACAGCUUGAUUUUAGAGAUGUGGAUCUGGUUAGAAAUAUGAAGAUGGACGUAACAGGUGUGGAUUUAUGUCCAGCCUGCCGUCUGCCAUUCGAUGCUGGCAAGAAACGGAAACUCAUUGAUGCCUGCGGACAUGAAAGAUGUUACAUGUGUAUGUUUAACAGUGAAAUUUGUCCACUGUGCAAUUACCCACAAGCUCAGUAUAAUGGAGGAAUACAAGAUCCUUCAAUCUUCACACCACACAGACCCAAAUUAAAAACCAACGGACAUUUUACUACAUUCAUGCAGUCUCGACAGGAUGUUCAUCUGCCACAAGAAAUGAUGAAUCAGACAGGCGGAAAGAACGAACCGUAUUCAAAUUCUGUUAAUCCACCUCCAGUCCACGGUGUCCCCAAAAACCAGCCACCACCAGUUCCAGCACGACCGAAAUACUUCAAACCCCUUCAAUCACCAACUUCUCCUAGAACUCAGUACCAAGGAUCGAGUACCUACGAUCAUAAUAACCAUGGUAACUACAGCAGUGACUCAGCACUCGGAUCUCCAGGAAUAGGGGGCAUUGGUGUAUCUGUCGGAACAGAUAUUGAUGAGAUGGUGGAUUUUGAUCGCGAUGGGCCAAUGCCCGAUUUCAAUGGAAAAGAGAGUCCCCCACCCCCACCACCAGAUGUCGCACAGAACGAUUUGAUGCUGCGUCUUGGGUUGUUGCUAGGUGACAGAAUAAAUCCUAAUGAGCGUCUCACUCCUUAUCAACAAUCCACCAAUCAAACAGAAGAAGCGUUUACGAGUGUUUCAUCUUUAGGAAGUAGCGAAGCCACUCCAGAUAAAGGUCUUUCAGAUACUAGUCCUAUGUCAACACUUACAGUGUCAUCAGGGAGUGAACGUGGUCUGCCGCCUAGAAUAAAUCAAAACACCCAGUGUUACACAGGAAGUCGCGAUAUGAGUUCGGAUAGCAUGACAUCACUAAUGAGUACCAGUACCGGUCAGAGUGCUAGUCCAUAUACAACGGCACAAAGACCUCACUCCAUUACAACUUCCAUGCCAGGUGCAAUAGAAGAAUUACCCUUAUUUGGUAAAAGACGAACACAGUUACGUCGCUCAGCCAGAGCUACAGUGGCACAUGCAGACGGCAAAGUGCGAUUUACACCAAUACGACCACCACAGCUACAGUUAUCACCGUUAAAUUUUGAAAUACCGCAUCCCGGUGGAAAACCUAUAUUUAUUGGUAGAGAAUGGCUGUUCAGAGAUAUUGAGAUGACGUUAAAUGGUGAUGGUCCGAAUCGCUCUCAGGGUGUAAUAUUAUUAGGUAGUACAGGAAGUGGUAAAUCGGCCAUUAUAGAACAACUGAUAGAUUAUAGUUGUUUUGGUGAUGGUAAAGGUGGUAUUCUUUCACAAACAGAAAUUCAAAAUGGGAGAUCAAUGCAGAAUGGAUAUAAUAGCAGUCCGAACAGCACACUACAUAGUUUAAAUCAUUCUUCAAACCCGGCUUUAUCAGCGUCUUGUCGUUCUAGUCCACACUCUUACCUCAGUGCCUCCACGAUGAACCUAAAUUACGACUCAUUAAAAAGUCUUGGGUCUCAAGUUGUUGGAUAUCAUUUAUUUCAAGCCGACUGCAAUAUAACAUGCAUGGUCCCAGACUUUGUUCAUAGUUUGGCUGCUCAGUUGACGCGCUCUCCCGAAUUAUCGGCCUACCGAGAACUCUUGCUCCAAGAACCCUCGUUACAACAAUUAUUAACUGUUAAAGAAUGUGUACAAAAUCCAUCGGCUGCUUUCAUUAAAGGAAUACUCGAUCCAUUGAGAACAUUGAAAAAUAAUGGAAAAAUUGUGUCCGAUAGUUGCAUAAUAUUAUUAGAUUCGUUAAACGAGGCAGAAUUUCAUAAACCGGAUUAUGGAGACACAAUUGCAACCUUUUUAGGCCGUCACAUCAACAGAUUACCUAAUUGGUUAAAAUUGAUUAUCACUGUUCAGACUGUGCACCAGGAUAUCGUACGCACCUUUCCGUUCCAUCGGAUAACGAUAGACAAAAUGUCCAAUGAUUUUGUGAUGCGGGAUACGAAUGAAUACAUAACGCACCGGAUUAACACGGACAUUGGAAUACGGAACAACAUCUCCCAGAACGGUAAACUAGAACCGGCAACGCAACAAAAAUUCUGUUCCCAUAUACAGACGUUAAGUAAAGGUUGUUUCCUGUAUUGUAAACUUAUCCUUGACCUUAUUGACAAAGGUCACGUGGUGCCAAAGAGUACAAACUAUAAAAUCUUACCAGUGAAUAUUUCUGAGAUUUUCCUGCUGCAUUUUAAUCUGAAAUUUCCCAGUGUUCGCUCCUUCGAAAAAGUGUCAUCCAUAUUAGGAGUGUGCCUAGCAACACUGUAUCCGUUGACUUUCGAGGAGAUUUAUCUCACCGUGAAUUCUGGAUAUACGCAAAGAUACAUUUCACCCAAAGACUUCAGUGAACGUAUGGAGGUGCUUUCAUCUUUCUUGUUUCGAAGAAGGAACGAUACUUUUAUGUUCUUUCAUCCAGCUUUUCGAGAGUGGUUGAUUCGUCGUGAUGAAGCAGAUUGUCCUAAGUUUUUAUGUGAUCUACGCAGUGCAGAAUUUGACUACAGAAAUGGACAUGCCCUGAUGGCUUUCAGAUUAUCACGUGUAACGGCACCUCUUGAAGCAGAUAAAACGAUCGAGCUAGGACAUCAUAUCCUCAAGGCUCACAUCUACAAGAAUUUGAGUAAACAGAGAGGUUAUUCAUCUCGAGACAUGCAGGCGUUCUGGAUGCUCAUGUCCUCCAAAAAUCUUAGUGCUGCAUUAACUUGUCAACGUAAUCUCUUCUCACCCAAUAUCAAGGUAUCAAGGUUAAUUUUACUGUCAGGUGCCAAUCCUAAUGCUAGAACCGCUUAUUUAAACAGCGGACCUAUUUUAUGUAUCGCUAGUAAGGAAGAUUUUCCCGAUAUGGUGGAACUGUUAUUAGAGUUUAACGCUGAUAUCAAUGCUGUAUCUGAUAUUGGCAUGUCAGCGUUAUGUUACGCAGCCUCCGAGGGUAAUGAGGAUAUCGUUCAACUGUUAUGUGAAAGAAAUGCAAGGAUAUCAUUAGUGGAUAAUUCUGGUCAAUGUUCGGUGGUACAUGCUGCUAUACAUGGUAACCUGAAGGUGUUAGAUUAUUUAUUGAAGUAUGACUGGACGCCGUAUGACGGGGAACCAACCAAGAGUGAGGCUAUACAUCAGGCUUUUGUUACUGGUGCAGCUUCGGGUAAUAAACAUAUCUGUGAAUAUUUACUACAUAGUACAGAUGGUAAAGGUUUAGAUUUACCUGAUACAUAUCUAGAAGAAACAGCUUUAACAGCAGCGUGUCGUCAUGGUAAGCGGGAAAUUGUAGAAUAUCUAAUAGACGAAGGAGCGAACAUGCACGCCCCUAAUUCCAAAUCUUUCAGCCCUUUAUUAUGUGCUGUAAAGGCUGGUAGAUGGGAAGUAGCAGACAUGUUAUUACAGUUUGGUGCCUCCAUAGAACAGACGGAUAAAUAUGGCCGAACACCUUUAAUGAUUGCUGCUAGUGAAGGUCAUAUAGCUGUCCUUGAAAUGCUUCUCCAUAAAGGUGCUCAGUAUAAUUUAAUGGAUAAAGAAGGUUUAACGGCAUUGUGUUGGGGCUGUUUAAAGGGUCACCUACACAUCGUUAAAACUCUACACGAGCGUGGUGCUCAGAUACAACAUGUUGACAAGAGUAAUCGUACCCCGCUCCAUCUCGCCGCGUUUCACGGAGAUGAUCAAGUGGUACAAUAUUUAAUAGAUCAAGGAGCACAGAUAGAACAUGUAGACGUCAAUGGUAUGAGGCCGUUAGAUCGAGCCAUUGGUUGUCGAAAUACAUCCGUUAUUAUCUGUUUCCUGAGGAAAGGUGCUAAAUUAGGUCCAGAAACGUGGGAAAUGGCUGCUGGUAAAACUGAUGUUCUUCUUUUAUUAUUGAAUAAAUUAAUGGAAGAUGGUAAUAUAUUAUACAAGAAAAAUCGAGUAAAAGAAGCUUCACAGAGAUAUCAAUAUGCCUUGAAAAAAUUCCCUAAAGAAGGAUUAGGAGAAGAAGCUCGAACAUUUAAAGAGUUAAAGAUUACUUUCUUAUUAAACUCGGCUAGGUGUAAGAGAAAACAGGGGGAACUAGGAGCAUCUAUAGAACUUGCUACCCGGGCUCUGGAAUUGAAACCUAAAUCUUUCGAAGCUUUUUACGCUAGAGCCAGAGCUAAACGUGAUAUUAGACAGUAUCCCGAAGCCAUGCAGGACCUUAAACAGGCCCUUUCACUGGCGCCAAAUAACCGUGAUCUGCGACGACUUCUGAUGAAGUUAAAAGAGGAAUGUAAGGAUCAGGUCAGAUACGAUGGAAGUCAACAUGUAAUCGGAGAAAUGGAUCCGAUAUCCGAGGAUGAAGAUGAUUCUUCGGGAGACAGGCGACCUGAAGAAACUGCUUUAUAAUUACGCUUAUUAAUGUAGAAAUCUCGCUUCCAUACUGCUAAAAGUGCUUUGUGUAAAUUUCAUUCUUUGUUUAAUUUAUGAUUGCUUUUUUUUUUUAUGGGGAUCAUUUUUGUUUUUUAAUAAAUCUCAUUGUUUUAAAGUUAAAUUAGAAAUAAACCAGGGCUUUACUAUAACACAGAUAUUGGGUCUACUGACUUCAUCCACAUUGUGGGCAGGUUGGAUGGCCGAAUGGUUAGCACAUGCGUGCUGUAUCAUAAGGUCUGUCGUUGGGUCAACUGGUGUGGUUUUGAUUCCCCGGUUAUACAUGACAAGGAGUAGGGUUGCCUGUCCAAUCUUGUGGGCUUUCUCUGGGUCCUCUGUUUUCCCCCACUACAUAUUAUUGAAAUAAAAUUGAACCAUGUUAGUCCCGAAAUGACCUAGUUUGUGUGGACGUUAAAGCCCAUUUCUCUCUCUCUCUCUCUUUAAUCCACAUUGUACAGGGACCUGACUAUACAGAAGGACUUCAAUAGAACAUUGGAUGUUGUCAUGGUGACCCCCACCUUAUAUUAAAACCCCUCUGUGUUUGUAGUGACGUCCUAGUGAAGUUAUUAAAAUUUUAAUUUUUUAAUUGCUUUUAUUAUUUGAACAAUAUUUAAAACUUCUCUUAUGCACAAGUGUUUGUAAACCUUGAUGUUUUUAAUGUUGCUUUUAAAAGAAGAAAUUGUAUUAUUUGAUUAAUUUUUUGUAAACUUGUUAAAGCAAUUUGUUAUUUUAAUCUUUAAGAAGUUUUCAUUUUGUUUUAAAUAGAUUAAAACUAAAAUCUUAAUCCCUUUGUUUUCAUCUUCAUGAUGUCCGGGUGUUAUUACAAACAUCUGACACCUUGACUGCGUUGACCGACUAUAUUGUUAUACUGAAUACAAUGAAAUUUUAAUUUCACAAAUGCAAAAUGACAAAUCUGUGUGAUUUUACAUGGAUUUUAAAUGGUGCAACAAAUGAUGACAGAAACAGUAUAAUUAAAUACAUAUCAAUGAGGUCCAAGUCAAAAUUAACAGAAUUGCAAUCAUGUGACAUGGAAUAGAGUUCUGCCAUUCCCGAUAACAUGUAUAGCGAGAGAAUAAAUGUGACAUAUUUGAAUGCAGGAAAAUGGUCAAGAUAGUAUUGUAUUCAUAUGCCACAUGCUUUGUCACCAGAAAUUCUGAAGUUUACUUGGGAUUGAGAAUUUGAUUUCUUUCAAAAUAUUUUUCACUCUACCAUGUAACAAAGAUGGCUAACUCAGUCAAGGUAUUAGAAGAUAGUUGAAUGACCCUUAACACUGUGAAGAUGUUUGUUUAUAAGAUAUAAUAUAAUAUUGUGUAAAUAUAUGUAAAUUGUUAAAGUAUAUACGAAUGUGUACAUUGCUAUAUUUGUAAAUAAUUUGUCAGAUCCAGAUGCGAUAAAAUCUCCCGUUGUUUUUGACGACGAUAUAUUAAAGAGUUAUUACUGAGUUGAUAUUAUUUUAAAUAUAUCAGAUAUAUUUUAUUUGAAUGAUUCAAAGCUGUUGGAGACCAGGUGUGAACAAAAAUAUACAGUCAAAACCAAGGAGUAGUUUCACAAACGUUUGCAAUGAAGUCGACUGACCGUAGAUGUAGCCAAACCGAAUCCUGUCAUUUGAACAACCACAAUUGUUGGAAUUUCUGCACAAUACGUUAUAAGCUUGAUCACGUGGAUAUUUUGUUUAUUUAUGUAACGAUUGUAAAUUAUAUUUUAAUAUCUCUAUUGUGGUUGCUGUAUUGAUAAUUUAAAAAAAAUAACAUUAAUCUGUCAAUAAAAUACAUAAUACAAUAAAUGGUGAAGAAUUUGACUUGCAAUCACAGAAAUUAAAUCUCCUAAGAUUCAAUUGUAAAUUACCAUUCUUAAAAUAACAAUUUUUGCUUUCAAUCGAUUUUUCAGAGAUUUAAUUUUUUUGUCGAGAAAUUAUCUGGUUUUGGGCUACUCAUUAAAUACUUUAUGUGGUCAUGGUGACUGUAUAUUUCACUACUUUAUGUAGUCAUGUUGACUGUAUAUUUCACUACUUUAUGUAGUCGUGGUGACUGUAUAUUUCACUACUGUAUGAGUCAUGGUGAAUGUAUAUGUCAAUACCUUAUGUGGUCAUGGUGACUGUAUAUUUCACUACUUUAUGUAGUCAUGGUUACUGUAUAUUUCACUACUGUAUCAGUCAUGGUGACUGUAUAUUGCCUAUGUCUAUAAGAACAAUCAACAACAUACAUAUAUUUAAGCAUAAUUUAUUUCUCUAGUAAUGCUAUUUUUAAAUAAAAUAUAUUGCAAUAACAAAGUAUAUAUUAUUAUGCCAGCAUUUGUGAAAGGUGGAUGCUUUAUUAUUUGUUUGUAUGUUUACGUAAAUUUAUAAACAGUUCGCAUAAAAUAUACUGCGUAAUAUCAUGUUAGCACAAUUUGUUUUUGAUUUGAAAUUUGUUCUGAUGAUCUGCAAUUUGUUCUGAUGAUCUGCCAUUUGUUCUGAUGAUCUGCAAUUUGUUCUGAUGAAUUUGUCCUGAUUAUCUGCAGCUACAGAAAUAAGUUGAGUGAAUAAAUUGUAUGCUAUUUAUAGUGAUUUAUUUUAUGUUAAGAUUAUGAAAAAUAGAAAUUCAGGCUUCAAAAGCUGUAAUGAUAGAUCAAGAUCAUUGAUAGAAAUGGUCAUCUGGUAAUCAUUAUUCACAAGUUUAUAAACUUAUCUUGAACAGACUUCAUGUAAAAUUGAAUUGACACGAUUUCUGUGAUUAAGGCGAGAAAUAAAAGUGUAUAUUAGAUUGAAUUGUUUUAGAUGAAUAUCAUUCUACUGAUAAAAUUUUAUGCCCGUAGGAGGGGUUGGAUGGCUGAAUGGUUAGCAUGUGCGCGCUGUAUCAUAAGAUCUGUCAUUGGUUCAACUGGCAUGGUUUCAAUUCCCUCCAGUUGUACGUGAAAAGGAGUAGGGUAGCCUGUCCAACCUUGUGGGUUUUUAUCCGGGUCCUCUGGUUUCCUCCCACUGCUAAAGACCCCAACGUGCAAGCGAUUUAUUGAAAUAAAAUUGAACCAUGUGUUAGUCCCGAAAUGACAUAGUUUGUGUCGAGUGGAUGUUAAACCCCAUUUCUCUCUCUCUUUCUUUUAUGCCUGUAGAUUCAGUCAGUGUUUUGAAAUAUGAACAAUUCUGGCAUAAUAACCCUAAAAAAUGUAAUUAUGUACUAAACAAAAUAACUGGCCGAGAAAGUUCAUCCCAAUUUUCCGGCGUGGUUCCCCCUUGUCAGUGAUGCAGGACGGAGGGCCUGACAAGGACAGCUGUCUAGUCCUUCGGAUGAGACAAAAAACUGAGGUCCCGUGUAUACAUUGGAAUGCACGUAAAAGAUCUCUUGGCAGUUGGAAUUCGAUAUAAGAGUAGGUGAUACUGCCGCUGCUCGGGCAAAAUUUCCCUCAUAGCACACUGUAUGGCGUAUGCCCGUCUUCAUUAGCCCAGCAUAGGAGCAGAACAGUAGGACGUUAAACCCCAUUUCAUUUCAUUUUAAACAAAAUAACACAGAUCAGAUCAAUUUAAUUCAACACCUUUUUUUUAUUUAUUUGAACUUAUAUCGGAAGUGGUAUCAGAUGUUAUGGAAAGAUUAUGUAUACCCUGCCUCAUGCCCAACAUACAUCAGUGCUAAAUUAAUUAAGAAAAAAAUGUUCUGGAUUCAAUGGAUUCAAACUAAAUUGAUUCUGUUGCACCCAGGGAUUUAUUUUAUAAACUUUGUUAAAGAUGAUCAAGAAAUGUUCAGAUUAGUUUAUAAACUUUAUGAAAAAUGAUCAAGAGAUUAGUUAAUAAACUUUGUGAAAAAUGAUCAAGAGAUGUUUAGAUUAUAUUUAUAAGUUUCGCGAAAGAUGGUCAAGAUAAUUAGAAUGUAAUACAAUGGUAGAUAAUUAGAAUAAUUUGGAAUGGAAAUCGUUGAAGCAUCAGUAGUUCACAACUCUAGGUUCUGUUUUUUUUUGUUUUUUUUGUUUCGACGUUUGUCUUGUUUUCAUUCUAUAUGUAGAUAGUGAAUUGUAAUAGGAACAUGACUAAGUCAGGGCUUUCAUCCUAUUAAAUAUAUGAUAAGAAAAACAGUAGUUUGUAUGUUUUAAAUAUAAAGAUGAUAAAACUAUAUUACUACUAUAUUUCCUGCCAUAUAAAAUAAAAACAUCUUUAAAUAUGCAA